UUGAAGUUAGCUAAGGAGUCACUGCGUGAUGUUUACCAACAUUUUUCAGUAACCUCUAGAACCUACUUUUACUGUUAUUCAAAAGCUUACAAAAAAGGUUGAAUGAAGUGUAUGUACACGUCGAGUUGGCGCAGUGGCAUACGGUAGUCCAUGCGUUUCUUUGGGUCGGCGAAUAUCCUAUACACACAUAUAGUUGUGAAGGAAAACUUGCUGUUAUUUGUGUUUUCUAGUACAGAAAAAUCUUUUUAAAACUAGGUAUUAUUGAUAUAUUGUUAGUAAUUUUCAUUAGCAAUCUAAAAGUGCAAGAUUUGCCAUUAACAUACAUUUGAACAUAAGUAUUUAUAGUAUCAAAUGGAUAUCACUGCAGCUCACAACAUGUUAAACGCACAAGUGCAUCUCCGGAGCUGACUGGUCACAUACUCCACUUUUGACCAGUUCCUGACUAGUUAUUCCACUUGCUCGUAACGGUUAACCGCCUAUCUAUGGGCAUAGCCGGCAAGAAAAAUUCCGAAAAGCCCGAGCCAUUGAGACGACUUCGCGAGAAAGCAUCGAGCGUAUAAACAGACCUCCGUCGCGGGGGGAGCGAUGAACGGUUGAUUUUCGAAAAUUCACAAGAGGCACCGGGAACGCAUUAAAUAAUAGACACGAAUUACGCAUUGAUGUUAAUGCAGCGGCGAUUACGUUCGACUUCGUAGCGACUUUGGAAAUUUGAAUAUAAAAGAGUCUCAAGCAUAGCGAUGCGCGCGAGAGUAAAAAGCGAGAUUCCGCACGAGCCCCGGAGAUGAUGCGUGACAUCUCGUCAAGUUGAUUGAACUUUCAUCGUUGAAGCAUAAAAAUGUGCAUAUGAAAGAUGAAGCAGAAGUGAUGAAAAAAAUUAAGAAAAUCGUUAGUGAAGGUCCUGAAAAACUACAGAUUGUAUCGGAUUUUGACUUUACAUUGACCAAACAACACGAUAAUGGAACUCCCGUUCCCAGCUCUGUUGUUAUGUUCCUCAGUUGCAAACAAAUACCCGCACGUUGCGUAAAGAAGGAUAACGAUCUUCGUUUAAAGUACAAGGCCAUAGAAAUCGAUCCAAAUAUUUCUUUGGAAGAAAAAAUCGAUGCUAUGAAUGAAUGGUACUUGGAAACUCAUGAAAAUCUACGGAGUAUCGAAUUUGAUCGUGGAGAAAUAAACAAAGUGGCUGAAGUCUACUGUCAUACACUCCGGGACGGAACGAAAGAGCUGUUUAGCAAAUUGAAAAAAUUUAAUAUUCCCAUUCUCGUAUUUAGUGCUGGCAUUGGUGACGUAUUGGAGAGUAUCCUGAAAUGCCAAGGGAUAUUAUCCGAGAACGUUAAAAUUAUUUCAAAUUUUAUGAAAUUUGACGGCGAUACCUUGAAUGGUUUCGAAAAUUCAAAUCGACUAAUACACCCUUUCAACAAAAACAGCCACACCGUGGAAAAUGAUUAUUUCAAGAUUUUGCACGAACGCACGAACGUCAUCCUUAUGGGAGAUUCACUGGGUGACGCGUCUAUGGCUGAUGUAGGCGUGGACAACUGCGUUUUAAGAAUUGGAUUCUUUUACAACGCGAAGGAGAGUUUGUCUCAAUUUAUGGAAGCAUUCGAUAUAGUUUUAGUAGAUGACCAAACGAUGAAUGUUGCCUUAGAAAUUGUCGACUCGAUUGUGUGAAAAUAAAAAACUUUUUUUAAACUUUUUCAUGCAAA